AUGGAUCUCCACUUAUUCUGCGAUUCAAGUGAUAAAGCUUACUCUGCCGUUGCUUAUCUGAGAACCGAAUAUAGUGACAACGUAUCGACUAGUUUUGUUUCUUGCAAAUUCAAGGUAGCACCGAUUAAACAACAAACAAUUCCAAAAUUAGAACUUCAAGCAGCUGUUUUAGGUAUAAGAUUAGCUAAGUCCAUUAUAGAGGAAAUAGAAUACUCUGUCCGCAAUAUAUAUUAUUGGACAGAUUCAUUAGUGGUCUUACAGCAAAUAAGAUCAGUAAGUCGAAGAUUCCCCGUUUUUGUUGCUAAUAGAUUAGGAGAAAUACAUGAGAACUCAGAAAUAUCGCAGUGGCAUUGGGUACCUUCUGAGCUCAACGUUGCUGAUAUGGCAACUAAGGAAAGUCGAAACUUUGAUUUCUCGAUUUGGUUAUCAGGUCCAAAAUUCCUAGAAAUGCCUGCUGAAGAAUGGCCUCCAGAACCAAAUGUGUCUAUUGAAAUCAACUGUGUUGUAGUAGAUGACUCAGUUGAAAAUAGAUUUGUAGCUGUACCGGAUGAGUGCAGAUUUUCUAAGUGGGUGCGACUACUUCGAAGUACUGCCUGGGUUUUAUUAGCAACUCAUAUCUUGAAAUUACGAAACAAAGAAAGACUUAGGGAUAUAACUCUCGAAGAUCGUUUUUUAGAUGAAGCUUUUAUUCUUUUAAUACAAAAGGUACAACUAGAUUGCUUUGGAGUUGAAUAA